AACACCCUGCCAGUGAAACUCUUCUCCAUUGACCGAGUUUUCCGCAACGAGAACCUGGACGCCACCCACCUGGCCGAGUUUCACCAGAUAGAGGGCGUGGUGGCCGACAGAGGACUCACACCCGGGGACCUGAUGGGAAUAAUACACGCCUUCUUCCUCAAGCUGGGUAUCACGAAACUGCGUUUCAAGCCAGCAUACAACCCCUACACAGAGCCCAGCAUGGAGAUCUUCAGCUACCAUGAAGGCUUGGAGAAGUGGGUGGAGAUCGGCAACUCGGGGGUGUUCAGACCGGAGAUGCUGCUGCCGAUGGGGCUGCCUCCUGAUGUCUCCGUCAUCGCCUGGGGACUGUCUCUAGAAAGACCAACAAUGAUAAAGUAUGGCAUCAACAACAUCCGUGAUCUGAUUGGACCACGAGUGAAUCUUCAGAUGGUUCACGACAACCCAAUGUGCCGACUAGAGAAAUCUCGGACGGCAUCCUAGAUCACAAUGUAAUCUAUUUAAAUCACUUUGGCUGUGCCAAUUUUCUGACCCUUAUUUGGGGGGCCAGUGUCGGAUAUCAUGGUAAACUUCAUCACUUCAGCACCUCGGAGAACACAUGAAAUCUUUAUGUCAAUAAAAUCUAUGCUUCUAUGA